UUAAACACAGGAAACACACUUUUAAACACUGGAUAUACCGUGAUUAAAUGGUCUUUUUUCUGUAGUGUUGAUUCUAAAUCUGUUUCUACACCAAUGGAUUACAAGUUACAUCUCAGUUCAGAAUGUGCUACUCCUUUCCAUGAUCCUGAGUUAUAUAGAACAUUGGUUGGGAAGUUGAUUUAUCUAACUACGACAAUGCCUGAUAUCAGCUACGCAACACAGCAAGUUAGCCAGUUCAUGUCCAAUCCUAGCACAGUUCACUACAAAGCAGUUGAAAGGAUUCUACGUUACCUCAAAUCUGCUCCCACCACUGGUCUCUUCUAUCCGAGCAAGGGUUCAUUCCACCUCAAAGCUUACACAGAUUCUGACUGGGCAGCUUGUGUCGACACCCAUCGUUCUGUUUCUGGAUAUUGUGUGUACCUCGGUGAUUCAAUCAUCUCCUGGAAAAGCAAGAAGCAGAAGACACUCUCCCGCUCCUCCUGUGAGGCCGAAUAUUGAGCACUAGCUUUUACAUCUUGCGAGCUCCAAUGGUUCAUUUAUCUUCUUGCAGAUUUCCAGAUCCAUCAUUCCCAGCCAGGGACUCUCUUCUGCGACAACCAGAGUGCCAUUUACAUAGCACAAAAUCCAACUUUCCAUGAGCGCACCAAACACAUCGAACUCGACUGUCACUUGGUGUGCGAGAAACUCCAGAACAAAACACUCAAGCUUAA